CUUUCACUUCCCCAAACUUGCGAGAGAGGAGUUGCAGAAAACGCCGAUACCACCACCACCAAUGACCGCCGCAACAACAAAAGAACCACCGCACAUCCGCCACCCUCCGCAGCCGUCCCUAACGGACGUCGAUAUUGUACGCCUAGCCCAGCAACAACCCCAAACCUACGCACCCCUCCCCAAGACCAAAACCCUCAUAUCCUUCCUCCACUCACGCGCCGCCUCUCCCUCCGCCUCUCUCUCCGUCGCCGAAUACACUUCCUCUCUCCUCUCUAUCCUUUCUCUCUCUCCUCACUCCUCCUCCGAAAACCCUUCUCUCUCCUCUCUCCUCCUCUCCUACAUCUCCCUCUUCAAUUCCCGCAAAAUCCCCCACGAUCGCAACUCUCUCACCACUCUUAAACUCUUCCCAUUUCACUUCGAAAACAUCCCCACUCAAACCCUAAUCUCCAUUUCCGACUCAAUCGUCUCUAGUUUACCCCAAAUUCUCGACCCCGACGAUGCUCAAGUCCUCGAUCUCCUCCCAAAAUGCCUCGACUUGAUUCGCAAUUCCAACGAGAUCGAAUUACGCAGAGAUUAUGUCAAUUCGGUGAUUGAUCGUGUUCUUGGUUGUGAUUGGUCUAGGGUUUUGCUAGUGAAGAUGGUUUCGAUUGUUCGCGAAUUUUCGUUUCUCCAUAAGGGGAGGUGUGGGGAGUUUUUGGAUAAGGUGUUUGGUGGAAUGAGGGAUGUGGAAUUGCAGGACUUGCCUUCGCUUGUGUAUCAGUUGUUGGUUUUGGCUUCGAAAGGGUUUAGCAAGAGAGAUGUGGUAGAAGGGAUUGUGAUGUUUUUCGGAUCGAAAAUGGGGUCGAAAACAAGUUCGAUAGUUCGACAGGUUGAAGGAACUGUGUUGCUACAUGUGAAUUUCGCGGUGAAGCAGGAUCCUUCUCUGGGGCAAGAGGUUAUGGGGUUGGUGAAAUCAGAUCUUCGGGCAUUUAACCAUUUUACUGUUGCGGUAUUGUUGUCCAUUGCGAGAGUCCGUAAGUUCAGUGAGUGUUCAAUCGGAAUUUUGAAGACAGCAAUAACUACAUCAUACCGUGAUUACAGUUUUUCCAAGGUUUGUAAUUGGCUACCGGAUGACUUGAAGGAAGAAUAUCUGCAUAGUGUGAAAGUAGUGGAGAAGGCUGCGUUGAGAGCUGUUAAUGAGAGCAACUAUGGAAGAGAGCAUAUUGUGCCUAGCAUUGUACAGUUUGGCUUUGUAUUGCUAGAAUCAGUGGAAGAGGGAAGCAGCAAAGAGCUUGGCAAGUCUGAUCAGGUGAUGGGUAUUGAAGAAUUGGGUAUUCAGAUGCUUCAAACUUUGUUUGAGGUUCAUGAUAUGGCAAGAAAUGAGAUUAUUGAACAAUGCAAAUUUCGUGUUCUUUCUUUGAAGCCCGAACAGGGUUUACCUAUCAUCAGAUUGCUUGGUUAUCUAGUUCAGAGAUAUCCGUAUCCUUUGUUGGAACAUGUUUCACGUUUGAAAGAACUGUUGGAUUAUUUCACUUUCAUGCAUGGCAAUAUUUCGACCCAUCUUGUUACGAUUUUGUUGCCCCUCAUCAAUUUCAGCCGUGAUCUUCGGGAUUACAUCAUUUUAGUUGUGCGUAAAGCUAUGUUUAACCGAGAAGAAUCUGUUCGUAUUGCUGCAACAAAUGCCAUUAUCAACUUGAUUUUGGCAGAAAAACAAUCAAAAUCAGACGGUCCAUGUUCUUUUCAAGAAUCAUCUAGCCAAGCCAGUAGCAGCCAACAAGCUGAAAUUCCCGGUUGUGGCAUGGGGGCUGAUCUUUUUCAAGAGCUGAGUGGUUUGCUGCAGAGAUGUCUUUAUCAGACGGCAAAAGUCAAGGAGGUCAUGUACCAUGGGCUUGUAAAGGUCAUUUUGGCGGACCCAUCCACUGCAGGAGCUGUCUUUGAUUUUCUCUUGCCUCACUUCCUUCGGUUUUACAAGGAGAACGAAGAUGUUCAGCUCUGCGUUGGUAAUUGUGUUAAAUCAGAGAGUGGAAAAGUAUACAUUGAAGAGCCAUUAGACUGCCUUCUCUCUUGUGUCUCUUGGAUUCUUCUUCUUCAGCCUCAUGGUAAAACUGACCAUCCAUCAGAUUCAUGGGCUUGUUUAGGUUUCUCCCUUACUCAAGAGAAUGAGGGGGGAAGGAUGUUGUCUGGUGAGUCAUUCUCCUGCACAUUAUCAAAAAUCCGGAAGUUGUUGAGAAAUGGAAAUUUGGAAGGCUUACUGAGUCUGACUCAGAAUGCUGGCUCUACUCGGGAAGAAACAAAGAGCAGAUACAGUGCUUUGGUUUUAUCAGGGAUAUUUGAGGUGGUGUUGAAUAUUGUCGCCACUGAAUUGGAGAAAGUGAAUAAUGUAAAAAGGGAAGAUUUUGAAAAAGAGCUUAUUGAGCUUGUUGAUGCAUACGAGUCUUUGGGAAAGUACACAUGCACUUCUAAACAGGGCAAUGGCACUAGAAGAGGGAUAGUACGGUCUAGUGCUCAUGAUAUACCCGAUAACUCUGAUGCAAGCAACAUGAAAUUGUCUCAAGAGAGAGCACCUUUCUUGGCAACUUCAAGUAUUUACCAGCUACUUCAAACAGCUUUAAAGCUAUAUAAAUCGGAUUGCUCCAAUAACGAUGCAGCUUCCCCGAACCAGACCCAGUUGUCCUCGGGCAAGACAUCAAUUCGCUCUUAUAAAAUUUUAUCUUUCAUCUUGAAUGCUUCCCUUCGUCAUAUAAAGUCUUUUCUUUUUGUGGGAAAAGAUGAUCCAUUGAAGACUCUUAUCUAUGGAGAAAUCAAGGUUUUGGGGCUGCCACUGCUGAAAUUGGUUUGGUUGCUUAUGUCGGUGCCAAAGUUUGAGACAACCCAAAAGAAAAGAGAAGUCAAGGUGAGGAAAGAUGUUGAAGACAAAAAGGAAAACAUCUAUUUGGCCUUAACUUGUUUAAAGGAAUUGAUAACAAUAAGUUUGCGGGGACCAGACGAGAUGGGCUUGAUUGAAGAUUUGAUGUCAGUCUCUUCGCCCGACCAUGCAUCAACAAAUAUGAUGGAUGUGAGUUGGGAUGAUGAAUGUCAACAAGCCUCUGGCAUUGAUGAUCCACUUGCAAGGAGCAAAGAAUUGUUCAUAAAAAAAUGCAUCAGGCCAUUGUUCUCUGAGCUUCUUGCAGUUUCAUUUCUCCGUGAAGUUGAGAUACUCUCUGAUAUAGUAAUGAUGAUUGGGAUCAAAUUGCCCGGUGAAAGGAGAAACAUUCUCGGAGCCUGGGCAACACAAAUCUGCAAAAGCAAUAAUAUAGCAAAUUCCAAGGUUGCAAAAAGUGUAGUUUCACUUGCUCUCUGUUUAAGUUCUCCUCCCCAUGAUUUAGUCUUGGCCCAAGAAAUGGCAACUGAGCUGAUCAAAGUAAUGGGGUCAGAGACGAGUGAUCCAUUGGAGAUGUCUGAAAUGUACCAUGUCAUAAACCAUUCAACAUGCACCACAACAGCUGCUUCUGUACUGCAAUUAAUUGAAUCAGUCAUUGCAGAUAUGGAUCGGAUCAUAAUGAAAAUGAAAAUGUGUUUAGCAGCCAUUCGGAAAGGCAUUCCCUUUGAUCCUAAUGGAGAACAUGCUCUAGGAUUUACUUUGGAAGAGACACUUUACUCAAGAACAGAAGCUGUGGUGACAGUCUUGUCUUUUUUCAUGGUGAUGAAACUUAACGACUCUCAAGCAGAACAUUUGGUCAGAUUGGCUGGAAGAUUUUACAAGAAUUUGGCUCGAAUAUCAAAGUUUCAGAUCUCUCCUAAAGGUUGCAAACAAGUUUUACCAAGCCUCAAGUACCAGAAGCUUGUUGAGAUCACUUGCAAGCAGCUAACUGCUCCUCUAUAUAAUUUUGUAACACUGAUGCAACGUAAUCAGCUAGGGAAUGCAAAGAGUAGAGGAAUUGUGAACAAGAUCAAAAGGGAGAAUAGAUGUAUCCCGGACUUGAUUUUCCAGAUAGAAGAUUAUGAGAAGUAUCUCAUCCAACUUAGCAAGGCUAGCAAAGUCAAUUUGUUGAGGCAUGCCAAGCGUAGCACUGCUAGGGACUUCAAGAUUGUAGACCCUAGCCAUGUUGUUGGGGAAGAAGAUGCAAACCAAGAACCCAACCAUGGCAAUCCUUCUACUACUGCUGCUCAAAAUGAACUGGGUGAGGAGAGUGAAAAUGACGAAGGAAAUGUAUCUGAGAGGGGCUUGUCACCUGAAUCUGGCAACCCUUUGGCUGCAGAGGCAUCUGAAUCAGAUAAAGAUGAAAAUGUGCAUACUAAUGCCAAGAGAGCAAAGAUGAGUAGAGUGGUGCAGGACUCGGAUGAUGAAGUGUCGCCAUAACAAACCGAGUGAGCUAAGAAGGAAGUCCUGGUCUGUAAAGUGAGAUGGCUGUAUAUAUUUUUUGAUUUCUAAUUCACAUAUGAAUGGAUCUUGAUGACAAGAAACUGGGAUGGAAAGGGAAUGAAUAUUGGGAAACAGAAGUGUUCAGUGUUGUUGAAACUUUGGCAGUUGAUUUGAAUAUGAAUAUCAGUUUUGCAAAA